UCUCUGAAGUGUUUCUGUGCAGAGAGAGCGAGUCACUGUCAGCAGCUUUAGGACCCUGCAGACACCUUGAGAGAGGAAAUAAAACCAGAGGGAGACGAGGACACGUUCAGAGACAGAGGAGCAAGGAGAGGACGAGAACACUUUACUUGAGGAGACAAGAAACUUCAUCUGAGAGCUGAGAGAUACUAAGACAUCUAACAAGAGAAGAAGAAGAAGAAGUUCUAUGUUUGAGGAGACAGGAAACUCCAUCUGAGAGGAGCAGACUCUCCGCCUGAAGUGCAUGAUGGGAACUCCUUGAUUCUGCAUCAGAAGAGACUCAUCCAGACCCCCUCCCCUGCAGACAUGCCUCCCCAGGGACGGAGCUCCACGGCUGGGUUAGGAGGGCUGCUGCUACUGGGAGCGAUGGUGGUGAUGAUGAUGAUGAUGGUGGUGGUGGAGGCGAGCGAGGAGGAGAGCGAGGAGCUGCUGGAGGACGAGGAGGAGGACAGCAGCACUGAGGUCCAGGAAUCCUCCGAUCUGUCCCGAGUGUCUCCUCUGAGCUCCUGGCUGAUCUUCAGGAGAAACUCCAACAAGGGGGACAACCGGCGGAGCAAAGCAUCCCGGAGGACCUCCAAGCAUGGUCUCCCCGGCCCUCCAGGACCCCCGGGCCCCCAGGGGCCUCCGGGGCCCCCCGCCCCUCUCUUGCCCCGACAGCAGGAGCUCAUCCAGGAGCUGCAGCUCAAACUGAGAGACCUGGCCGGAGGGGGCGGGUGUUUCCGGUGCGAUGCCGCUCCUCCUCGGGUCUCCACCUCCUUCCUCAGCCGCCUGCUGCUGCCCGUCAUCGUGCCGCGGCGCAGCCUGCUGGAGCUGCAGCCCUUCAGCCAGCCGGCAGACUCGGAGCUUAGCCUUCAGAGAGGGCGGAGCUUCAACAGCAGCACCGGACGCUACACGGCGCCGCUGACCGGAUUCUACCAGCUGACCGCCAGCCUGCUGAUCGAGUCAGGUGACAGAGUCCAGGUGAGACUCAGAGACAGUAUGAGAGCAGCGAUCUGCAUCGAGUCUCUCUGCCAGAGCAACCUCUCUGUAGAGUCUGUGAUGGGCGUGGCGGCUGGAGGAGGAACGUUCAGCAUCCUACUGACAGGAACACUCUAUCUACAGGCUGGAGAGUAUGUGUCGGUGUUUCUGGACAACGCCACAGGCUCGUCCCUCAGCGUCCUGCAGGACUCUCUGUUUUCCGGCAUCCUGCUGGGAGUUUGAACGCCUCACGACCCCCCUUGGUGAUGGACUCAUCUCAACAGGGACGUCACCUGAUCCUCAACAGGGAAGUCACCUGAUCCCCAGCAGUUUAACAACACUGAGUCACCUCUGAGACGCGGGUCCGAGGUCACCUUUCUCUCUCCAAUGAAGACUGUUUUCAUGGAGCAGCACCUGGUGGACGUUAGAGGAACUGCAACCACGAUGUUCCUCUGGACAAUUAUUACUUCCCCGAUCUUUCAAAGACUGAUGACAUUUUAUAUUAAAUCUUUGUAUUUAUUUGUUUCCUUCCUUCAGGACGUAAAAUCCAGUUGAGUUGAACCAGGCAUUGAACCUGCAGAUGCACGCGCUGAGAAAACAUCCCAUUAUAGACUUUAGCCUUUAUUUUGCUAACUUUGUCCAUCAAUAUCCACCAAAAGUUAGCAUUGCAUGAAGCCUAGCAAGAACUUUGAUCCUGGCUUCAACCAUUUCCACUUUUCUGUUCUGGAAAUGUAAUGAGCUCAUAUUUAAUAAGCUAAUGCCUCAUUUUCAGUCAGUGGGGGGGGGGGUUCCUGGUGACUUCUGUUAGGUACCGUUUCACCCUGUCCACCUGAAGAGUCUCUCUUUAGGGACAUCUGAACACAGGACGUGUGUUUUUAUAUAAAUCACUGACCCGCUCAUCUCGGCGGUGCAGAUUUCAGGAUUGUGUCUCUGGCUCUUUAUUUUAAAAGUGAUAUUUAUUCUCUUAUGAUAAACAAGUUGUGAAUAUUUCUGAUAUUAAAACACUUCUACUUUC